UUGACGUGGUGGGGGGGCUCACCGCCAAUCACUUGGUUGGUGCUAAGAGGUCUCCACUCUCGCGCCGGUCCUGACCUUAAUUGGUUGGUAUCGGCAGGUCUUGUCCCCCUGCUAACAACAGCAAACGGACACGGAAGGAACCGUAAACCACCAUCGGGGGAUUGAUCGACCCCCGGUGCCCUGGUAGAUCUGGACCAUGGACUGAUAUCCGGACAGACGGCGCGAGGCUGGUGUCGUCAGUGGAGGCCUAGCCAACCACCAAUCAAAAUGGACAGUUCAUGCACCAAGAAAACGGUUACUGCUUCAGGGGUAUCGGAGACCCCAGAGCCGGCGGUUGGGGGACGGUGCUCGCCCCAGGUGUCGUCAUCACCUGUAAGCACUAAAAGUGUAGAAGUGCUGAGGCAGGCUUCUACCGCCAGCAACGGAGCUGGUAGAGUUACUGCCGGAGGGAGUGCGAAACAGGCUCUCUCCAGUGGCCGGAAAGCCACUGAAGAUACUGUAGGAUCAACUGGAGCUGGUUCGAUGAGCAUCCCCGACGGUUGGAAAAACCUUAGGGGCUGUUUGAAGGCGCAGGACGGAGACCUUAAACUCCUGACAGCCAAAGCGAGGGACCUCGAGCUGUGGUCUGUUAAAGUGAGAAGCAUCGAAGCCAAGGCGGCUAUAGAAGGGGUGCUUCUUGCUGUAGCAGCAAUAGGUUCAGUCCGUGAAGCGGUAGCAAAGGCUGCCAACGCCAUGACAAAGGCGGUCAACGAUGGCGGUCAGUCCCGGAGUGGUGGUGCGGCAGCAGGCGUGACGGGCGUAUGUGCCUCUACGCAGACCAUUGCGAUUGGGAGCAACCCGGUCAAAAGGGUCUGUGCGGGGACGCAGACGACAGACCAGGCGCAGCAGAAGCCACAACAGCGACAGCGCCAGCGGCAACAGCAGCAGCAACAACCACAGCAGAAGCCGCAGCAGCAGCAGCGGCAGCAACAGCAGCAGCAACAGAAGCAGCAGCAGCAGCAGCAGAAGCAGCAGCAGCAGCAGCAGCAGCAGCAACAACAGCAGCGGCAGCGGCAGCAGCAGCAGCAGCAGCAGCAGCAGCAGCAGCCGCAGCAGCAACAGCAGCAGCAGCAGCAGCAGCAGCAGCAGCAGCCGCAGCAGCAACAGCAGCAGCAGCAGCAGCAGCAGCAGCAGCAGCGGAAGCGGAGGCGAAGAGGCCCUCAGGGAUCCGAGCAGCCCACAUGGAGCCAGGUGGUCCAAAGGGGAAAGAAGAAAUCCCCGUCCCGGCCCAAAGCCCAGUCUUCUCCGGCAACGGAGAAGAUCUCAUUGCUUCGCCAGAGAGCCCCUAGGACCGCAGCCGUCACCAUUGACCGCCCGGCCGAGGGGGGUUCGCUGGCGGCAGUUAUGAAAAGGGUGUCUGGUUCCGUGAGCUUGGCAAGUCUCGGGGUCAAAGUGGUGACUACGAGGCGCACCAAAGUCGGCGGAAUCCUCCUCGAAGUGGAAGGCGAGGAAAAAGCCAGAAUCCUGGAGAGGAGGAUCCGAGAGGUGGUAGGAGAGGCCGCCAGGGUAAGAAGGCCCGAGCGGAAGACUCCCGUCCUCCUUCUGGAUGUCCCUGAAUGGGUAGAAGUGGAGGACGUGGUCGGAGGGCUCGGCGCGGCCGGAGUAGUCGUCGCGGCUCCUGACGUUGACCGAAUUUCCAUCAGGAAAAACGGUGGCAGCCGCGGCGACCGCGUCGCGAGGGUAGAUUUACCUUUCCGCGACGCCAUCGCUCUGGCCGAGGCAAAGGUGGUGGUGGUCGGCUGGACCCGUUGCAGGGUAAAGCUUCUUGAAAAGAAGCAAACCACCUGCUUCCGGUGCCAGCAAAAGGGCCACCUCGCCGCCGAGUGCCGCAACGCGGCAAAGCCUCGGGCCUGCUACAGGUGUGGAGCCACCAGCCACCUCUCGCGGGGCUGCUCGGAAGGCAGAAGAGGAAGCGGCGGCCCAUCUUCGGUCGUUGGAGGAAGUUUUAGCGGUGGUACAACAGUCGCGGUGGAGGAGGUGCCUGCCGAGAUGCAGCCAGUGGCGGAGGAGUCGUCGCAGCAGUUGGCCGGGCGGCCGGCGGGCCGUUCCGCCUCCGCGUCGUCGUCGUCGGGGCCGCAGCCAUGA